AUGGCGACCGUUAAUACCAGUAAUAAUUCAAUUACUAGUAACUCAACUACCACCAGCGAUAACGCUGUCGCUAUCGCAACCUCUACUCCGGCAGUAACCGUCAUCGAGCUCAAGCGAUACUCCCUGGUGCCUCCGAAAUGGCAAGAAACCGUUCGUGUAGCCGGCAUGUCGGAGUGCCGUGAGGCCGCACUCUCCCUGGCCCACGCUUUCGCUGCCGACGAUUACGCACAGUAUCUUGUCAAUACGGAGGAUAACCCUGAUGACGAGAAGACUGUCGUCGUCGGUACAGGAGGCGGCAGCAGCAGCAGCAGCAGAGGCGCAGUAGUGUCUAGUGGCACCAUCAUGACCCCAGAGGACAAGUGGAAGCUGCACGUGGACAUCAUGACCUAUGCCGUCGCGAUGCAUUGUCUCAACGGGCUGGUGACGACGAUUGGUCCGGAAUAUGAUAGUGUUGCGCUUUGGCUCCCACCUGGUCGCGAUCUUGAUAGCUGGUGGGUGCUGUUCCGCAGCGGGGCCUGGCGGCUCUACUAUCAGCUUUCCGCUGAGGGCAGGAAGCGCUACUUUGACGAGGUAGUCCCGCUCCUGCACGACACCAAGUCCGCGGUCCUGGGAGAGAGGGAUCACGAUGCCUGGUACUUGGUGUACCUGGGCACGAAGCCGAGCUCCCAAGGGAGGGGGUAUGCGGGGAAGUUGUUGAGGGCUGCGAUUCAGAGGGCCGACGCCGAAAACAGACCCAUGUAUCUCGAGUCCAGCUCGCUCGCCAACAACUCCUACUACCAGAAGUUCGGCUUCGAGAUCAAGAGGGACAUCUUCCUGAAGCGUGGACGGAACCCCGUCCGCUUGUCCAUCAUGGUCCGCGAGCCCAAUGCCUCCUCUGGCAUUAAUCCCACAAACACCCGCCAGGAUGUUGUUACUGCUCCGUCGACAAUGACAACUAGUAACCAACUUAUUGGAUCCAGGGUCAAGUUCCCUAUCGUCAGCUCCCAGCAUCACCAUGGUUUUGCUCAUGGCCAUUACCAUGUUGGUCUGGGAGUGGGAGGUAAGAAGCUGAUGUAG